CCGGGCUAAGAGCAAUGAUAAAAGAUUCUGAUACCUAAUAAGAGAAUUGAAUCAACCUCUCCCGGAAAACCCAGUCGCUCUUUACAUCAUCGGCCCCUAAACCUAAACUCUCUCACCGGCCUCAACAGUCAGCGGCUCCGGCUCACCAAGCUACCACUGAUCACCGUCCCUCGCGCUGACUCUGAAACCCUCUCACCCUUAAUCUCUCAAUUUCUCUGCUGUUGUUGUUGUCGAGUUUUCUAAGUUCUAGCAAUGGUGGAGGUGAAAGUCUCAGAGAGCAAAGACCUAACCCGAAUCGAACGAAUCGGGGCCCACUCCCACAUCCGUGGGCUCGGUCUCGACUCUGCCCUAGAACCCCGGGAAGUCUCAGAAGGCAUGGUGGGUCAAACCACCGCCCGCAAAGCUGCCGGAGUCAUAGUCCAAAUGGUCAAAGAAGGUAAAAUCGCGGGUCGGGCCGUCCUCCUCGCGGGUCAACCCGGAACCGGAAAAACUGCCAUAGCCAUGGGUAUGGCCAAGUCAAUAGGACUCGAAACCCCAUUUGCCAUGCUGGCAGGUAGUGAGCUUUUCUCUUUAGAAAUGUCCAAAACAGAAGCUUUAAUGCAAGCAUUUAGGAAAGCAAUUGGUGUUAGAAUAAAAGAAGAAACCGAAGUGAUUGAAGGAGAAGUGGUGGAGAUCCAAAUCGAUCGCCCUGCGGUGGCCGGAGCCGCCUCGAAAACCGGGAAGUUGACUUUGAAGACUACCGAGAUGGAGACUGUGUAUGAUUUAGGAGCUAAAAUGAUUGAAGCUUUAGGGAAAGACAAAGUACAAAGUGGUGAUGUGAUUGCUAUCGAUAAGGCUUCCGGAAAGAUCACAAAACUCGGGAGAUCGUUUGCGAGGUCUCGAGAUUACGAUGCCAUGGGCCCACAAACGAAAUUCGUUCAGUGUCCGGAUGGCGAGUUGCAGAAGAGGAAAGAAGUUGUUCAUUGUGUUACACUUCAUGAAAUCGAUGUUAUCAAUAGCAGGACACAAGGGUUUCUUGCACUUUUUACCGGUGACACAGGCGAGAUACGCGCCGAAGUCCGUGAACAAAUCGAUACAAAAGUCGCAGAGUGGCGAGAGGAAGGAAAGGCCGAGAUCGUGCCAGGUGUCCUCUUCAUAGACGAAGUCCACAUGCUCGACAUCGAAUGUUUCUCUUUCCUAAAUCGUGCUUUAGAAAAUGACAUGGCGCCGAUUCUGGUUGUUGCAACAAACCGAGGGAUCACAACGAUUCGUGGGACCAAUUACAAAUCGCCACAUGGGAUUCCGAUUGAUUUUUUGGAUCGGCUUUUGAUAAUUUCUACACAGCCGUAUACGGAAGAGGAUAUCCGGAAGAUUCUAGAUAUAAGGUGUGGGGAGGAGGAUGUUGAUGUGGCGGAAGAUGCUAAGGUUUUGUUGACUAAAAUUGGGGUGGAGACGAGUUUAAGGUAUGCGAUAAAUUUGAUAACAUCGGCUGCUUUGGCUUGUCAAAAGAGGAAAGGGAAGGUGGUGGAGAUGGAGGAUGUGAGUAGGGUUUAUGAGUUGUUUUGGGAUGUGAAGAGAUCGACUCAGUAUUUGAUGGAGUAUCAGAGUCAAUAUAUGUUUAGUGAUGCAACUGAGGAAGAUGAUGUUAACAUGAUGGUUUGAUUCUGAUUCCGAUUGUUGAAUUUUGUGAGUAUUUAUGGUCUAAAUUUCCUGUUGUGAACAAUAGCACUUCUUUAUCUUCAAAUUUAGUAGAGUAUGGGAUAUGCUUCAUUAUUUAAGAGUGAAUUAUAUUUUUGGUUAAAAA